ACCGUGACCGCGCGGGUCAACGUGUCACAGGCCACCGAGCGCUCAAACGGGAUUGGCUGGGGUUUCUUCUCAGGGAUCGGUUGAGCCGUCGCUCCUCAGGUGUUUGUCGUGGUCAUCUGUGCUCAAGGACAAUCACGAAAACAACCGGCCUCAUGUGACAGACGGACGGCCAAGCUGGACCAAAGAGGAAGGAGAUGUUGCUGUCAUCGCAGAAAGGAAAAGCACACCACCCAGAAUGGGGGCCCUUUGCCUCGUCCCUCUGCUCGCCGCUCUCCAGACACUCCUUCCGCGGGCGUCACCUGCAGACCUUCCUCUUCCUCCCAACAUCACCGUGACGCCGGAGAAGACGGAAUAUCUCAUCGGAGACACCGUCUCCCUCCGGUGCGUGGCUCCCUGGACAAAGGAGAAGAUCCAAGGUUUUCAAUUUUCGGGGACAAGCGGAUGGGCCGUGGACGUCAGGACGACGAAGAGGACCUACACCUAUCGCUUCAACAUCACGGGGCCGAAGGACGGAGGAGCGCACGCUUGUACGUACACCGUCAUCAACCGGUUGCGCCGACCCCUUCGCUCCCAGGAGAGCAGAUCCAUCAUCCUCAGCGUCAGAGACCAUCCACCUCAACCCACGCUGACCUUCAACUCUUCAACCAGCGUCGUGAUCGAAGGCCAAACCCUCGUCUUCCUCUGCAAGGCCCCGGCGGGGGACGCGGAGCGAAGGUUUCGUUUCUACAAGGAGAAGGUCAAGGUCAUCAACGUGAACGAGUUGAUUUUGAGGGAGAACGAAGCUCAGCUCCAAGUGGUGGAGAUCAACCAGAACUUCAGCGGCAACUUCACCUGCGGUUAUGAGGAGAAGACGGAAGGGCGCUGGAUCCCGUCCUACCCCAGCCAAGCCGUGCAGGUCCUCGUGAAAGAGCCUGCUUCCGCUCCCACCUUGGGAGCAGACCCUCCCACCAGGGUGGUGAGCGAAAACUAUCCCUUACGUCUCACCUGCGAAGCCUCCAGAGAUGAGUUCGGGUUGAGGUUUCGCUUCUACAGGAACGGGGUGGAGAUCCCACCGGGCCAAGGGGGUUCGAAAACGAAGAACGUCGGGAAUUUCUCCGAAAUUCUCUUCCCGCGAAGCCCCGGGAAGUUCGGCGGGACGUUCAGUUGCGGGGUGGAGGAAAACGUGGGCGGGACUUGGGUGCCGUCGCCCCGAAGCGAAGGCGUGGACGUCACCGUGAAGGACCUUCCGUCCCAACCCGCUUUGCUCUUGGACCCCCCAUCCGGAGAAGUGACGGACGGUGACCCCUUGAUCCUCACCUGCGUCGUCAACGGUUCCAUCUCCCAACGUAAAUUUUACUUCUACAAAGACGGCGACGAACAAUUCUCGGAGACGACCACGAUGGGUCAGUCGUUGUUCAACGUUCCCGUGGCCACCACCGCCCUCACCACCGGUGAUUUCACCUGCCGCUACGAGGAGAAGGUCAACGAUCAGUGGAUCCCGUCCCCGUUCAGCCAAUCCAUGACGGUCGUCACGCAAGCCCGCUCUCAGCUCAUCCCAUUGGUGGCCGGCUGCGCCGCGGGCGCGGCUGCGUUGUUCCUGGGGUUCCUAUUGGUCGUUUGCCUGUGUCGGAGGUGGAGAGGAAGUGCUCACUGGAAGGGGCUUCACAACAAAGACGACCCAAGCACCUACCCCAUGGCCAACUUCAACCCCUGCGACAUGUGACCUCGAAGGUGACCCAAACCACUUUCGAGAACUUCCUUUCCAGCCCCUUUUCACCGCCGCGGUGGACAACCCUUCUCCUCCUUCGGGCCGCUCGACCCACCGCUGACUUUGUCGCGUUGUCAGUAAACAUCUCCUCCACCCCU